AUGUCUCGAGCUCAACGAAUUUUGGAAGGAUUCAAACUGAACUGGAUGAGUUUACGUGACGCGGAAAGUGGGAAGGUGUUAUGGCAAAAUUAUGAAGAUCUUGCAUCGCCAGGAAAAGAGCAUCAGGCUCGUAUACCAAAAAGUAUCUUGAAGUGUCGUGCAGUAUCACGUGAAAUAAAUUUUACUUCGGCUGAAAAAAUAAAUAAAUUUCGAUUAGAACAACGUGUUUACUUGAAAAGUGAAAUUAUUGAAGAAUGGUUCUUCGAAUUUGGAUUUGUGAUACCACAAUCAACUAAUACAUGGCAGAAUUUGAUCGAAGCUGCGCCUGAGGCACAAAUGCUGCCUGCAUCAUUGUUAAGUGGCAAUGUGGUAAUCAAGACGAGCUUUUACGAUGAUGAUUUGUUAGUGAGCACAUCGAAUAUCCGUAUCUUUUACGUGUGA